UAUCUGAAGAUCAUGUGACUGCCUAGUGACCGGUAAUUUCCGAAGCCAGUGUACAUGGUUUGGUCUACUUUCAGUUAUUCUGUUGCACGUGUUGUCAGUUGCCAACAAAUUAGGAUGUCACAUAAGCUGGUAGCGAACCUGUCGAUGAUGUUUAAAGAACAUCCGUCUCUGUCGGCUCGUUAUAAAGCUGCGAAAGAGGCCGGUUUUAAGUAUGUGGAGUGUGGGUUCCCUUAUGUGGAACCUCUGGAAUCCAUCCAACGAGCUCGAGCUGAAGCCGGAGUGGAACAGGUCCUCAUCAACGCGUGGCCAGGUGAUCUGCAAAAUGGUGAGAUAGGCAUAGCAGCCCUUCCUAACAAAGUUAAUGAGUUCAAAGAGAAGCUGGAGACUUCCAUACAGUAUGCCAAGGCUCUUAACUGUAAAAGGAUGCAUGUGAUGGCUGGUCUUAAGCCAGUGUUCAAAGAUGAAGCUAUGGAAGAAGUGUACAUUGACAACAUCCGCUAUGCUGCUGAAAGACUGAGUAAGGAAGGAAUUUUGGCUCUAAUUGAACCUAUCAACAACAGAUUGUCUAUCCCGAAAUAUUUUCUGACAGACGUACACAAAGCAAUGGAGUACAUAGAGAAAAUCAACCACCCUAAUCUGAAGCUACAGUUCGAUUUCUUCCAUAUCCAAAUCAUGGAUGGCAACCUGACUGGGAAUCUGAAGAAAUAUCUUCCUUACAUAGGCCACAUACAGAUUGCCCAAGUACCAGACCGGGGUGAGCCCACUGAUGGAGAGAUCAACUUCCAGUACAUCUUCAAGCUCCUCAAGGACCUGGGAUACGAGGGGUACAUAGGACUGGAGUACAUUCCUAGAGGUAAAACAGAAGAUGGACUGAAAUGGAUCAAAGACUACGGAGUGUUUCAGCAGAUGUACAGAUCAAUGUACAUACCUCCUUGUGUUGGGUUUGCAGUGACGUUCCCUGACGAGGUUGUGGCUGGUGCGGGAGCUGUGGCUGGGGCCGACUGCGUUGGAGCAGGAGGAACUGGUGCUGGAGGUGGUGCUGGGGGUGUCGAUUCUACAACCAGUGCUGGGGGAGGCGCAUCGAAUGAGGGAAAUACCGUUGCUGCGUUUAUCGGUAACCCCAUGUUUACUUCCGGUUCCACACGUGGUCGUGAUGUAAAAAUGUCAAAUUCAGAAAAAGCAGAAGUACCUGAAGGCAACUGUGCAUUUUUUAUCGAAAGAAAAACAAGAUAUUGUAGAUUUAGACCAAACCAAGGGCAGGUCUAUUGUGCAGAACACGCUGGACUGCUUGGUAUUGAUACUGGUAGGAAAAGAAUAAAGUGUCCACUGAAUGCAAAACAUACCUGUUAUGAAGAUCAGUUGAACAAACAUCUCAAGAAAUGCAGAAAACAACAAAGUGCAAUACCUGUCUACCAUGUUGAUAGCAUAAACUCUGGAGCUGAUUCUUCAGAUCUUGAUGAAGAAACAAGAAAGAUCCCCUGGGCAGAUAUUCCAUUAUCUGAGCUGCUUAGUUUGAUUGACAGAGUGAAUCAGAAAUACCAAGAGCAUGUUGAAGCUAUACCAACAGAAAUUUUGGAUCAUGAAAGCUUGCAGGAAGAGCUAGCCAAUGACAGUUUCAGAAUACCAGCUCUUAGGCACAGAAAACAGCAGGCAUCAUUAAUUGGACAUCUCGGGAAAAUGGAUCUCCUGAAGGAUGGCUUGUGUUAUGUGGAACUUGGUGCUGGAAAGGGUAUGCUGUCUCAUUGGAUACAGAAAGCUUCAGAUAAAUGUAACAAUACUGCCUUUUUGUUGGUGGACAGGGGUCACGUCCGGUACAAGGCAGACAACCAACACAAGUGGGGUGAGAGUGGUCCCAAGUUUGAGAGGAUCAGAAUAGACAUAGCCAACCUUCAUCUGGGGAGGGUACCUAGUAUCCAAGAAAGUCUACGACCAGUAGUGGCAGUCGGGAAACAUCUGUGUGGAGGUGCCACCGAUCUAGCUGUGCGAUGUGUGACAAAUACCCUGACAAAUGAUGCUGAGACUGAGGUGGCUGAUGAAGAUGAACCAAUGUGUAAACGCUCCAAACACAUCAUCAGUUCAAAGUUUGCAGGAAUGGCCAUAGCACUAUGCUGCCACCAUCGCUGUACCUGGGAGACAUAUGUUGGCAAAUCUUUUAUGAAAACAUGCAGCUUUUCUGCUCGAGACUUUACAUUGAUGUGUAAGCUUAGUAGUUGGGCAGCAGCUACGUGGAAAGGUUGGACGACUGUUCAACAAAUGAACGAGGAAAUCAAAUCAUCAACAAAUAUAGAUAAAAACCCUCCAGUGACAAAAACUUCUGAAGUUAAAGUGGAAGGCAGCAGUGAAAGUUCUACAGACCCUUGUGUAAUGUCCUCCUCUCUGGGUGAGGCCAGUUGUACAGACUGUUCAGAAAAAAUGUCAAAAGACGACCAAGAACUAGUCAACCAAGGUGAGGAGGCAGAGGAGGAUCAUCAAUCUGGACCUACACUUACCAGAAAUGACUUGUCCCUGCCCACAGAUACAAGGGAAAAGAUUGGGCGACAGUGUAAACGACUUAUUGACUUUGGCCGUGUCCAGUAUUUGCGGGAACAUAACAUGGAUUCUAAGCUGGUAGUCUACAUAGAUGAAAGACUUACUCCUGAAAAUGUAGCCAUCAUAGCACUGCCUCACUGUCAACUAGAUACUAAUGAGCUGUCAUAGCACUGCCUCACUGUCAACUAGAUA